UCUGCGCAUCGGAGUAUCUGUUCAGGCAUGCUCUUCGCAAUGAAGAGAGUGGAUCACUUCACAACUACCUGUCGGUUUUUUCGUUAACUGUCGUUGCAAAAUUGAGCACGAUAAUACGAAGGAACGCUAUUGAAGAAGAUGAAUGUCUCGACUGCGCCGUUCUUGUUCGUAUAAAAGUUCUACUGCUCCUCAAGUACAGCUGCUUUCGGUUAAUAUGGCGAAGCCCACCACUUUGCUGCUCCGCUUACGCCCUCGGUAGGAGGGUUUCGCUCGGGAUAGAGAAAGGAUUUAUUCGGCGGCGCAACUUAUAAAGACAGCCGGAGAUUGAUCAAGAUCAUGCUCUACCUUUCCUUCGUGGUGUUCCCCUGCGUGUUUGUUUAUCUCAGCCUGCACACCGGCGGCCGGCGCUUCUUUUACGGAGUGCUACGGAACAGGGAAAGCAAGCCGGCGCGUGCUGGAGGAGUGGCACAACUAUCGGGUUCUUCGACCUCGUGGUUUGGAAAGAACGGUAGAAAACCAGGAGAUCAAUAUGGAGAAUCUACUCACAAUGAUGCUCGGAAACAAAGAACAACUUCCUCCGCCGGCCUGUACCGAAGCAUUUCGAGGCGAUCGUCUCACUCAAUCGACGCAACCGGAGGGGCAACAGCAGCAGCAGCAGGCGCGUCCGGGGGAAAUCACCAAGGCUCUCUCUCGCCGACGACGUCCUCAGGCGGUAAGAAUUCGUAUGACGUCCUCGCAGGAGGAGGAACGGCAACGCAACCCGGCUCCGCGCGACCGGCCGAGCUCCCGGUUUCGACCAUUGACGAGAAGUAUGCAGGCCGGCUGACGCUGAUGCCGUAUCAAUUGCAAAUAUCUCUGGGUCUGGAAGAUUCUGGGACUUGUCAUGCACGUUUUGCAUGAGCCACGGCGUCGGUGAUGCAUGCCGUAGCGUCACAGAUUUUCUGAGGGGGUCUUGAUGCCUAUUCCGCAUGACAAGUGCGCUCUCCGCGUAGCAAAAUUUACAGUCCCUUUGCUGCUCAUGCAAGACAAAUUUUUUUGGAAUCCAGGUGCAGCAUCAGCAUCACAAGUUGCAUUCUUCCAGACCCAGACAUAUUUGCACUUGAUAUGCCGGUCGUGGAUGCGAAUUUUGCGGGGAAAAACUUCAUCCAGCUGUACAGCAUUCAGUGCUACGCAAGAAAACACGGCUACAAGUUCGAACUGCUCAACCUCAAUUCGCAACGGUUCGCGGACUGCAACGCGGCCUACCCCAAUGAUUUUUUCUUUCGCAAACACUGCGCGGUCGCGCAAGUGCUGAAGGCCCGACAGACGGGCGGCGGGAGCAAUAGUAGGGCCGGCGCGUCGGGGGUGGUUCGGAAUGGGAACAGUGAUCAUGGUGGUGACAAAGACUCCCGGCGGCGGCUCAACAGCGCGGUGCCAGCAGCCGGGCCCGGGCCGGAAUACUAUUUCGUGGUGGAUAGCGACAUGGCGGUUGCGGGUUUGGAGCAGAGUUUUAUCGCAGGUGAAAAAUUGUUGUCGAGUUCUAGCAUCGAUUAGAAGGAGUCACCAGAUUUAUUGUUGUGUGGUCGUUCGUAGUUCUAUGUGAACAUCAGAGACGGCGACUUCAUUCUGUCUCUACUUGUUGCGCACGACGUCAGCCUGCUGUGUGGCUGCAGCAAUCGCAAUAAAUUCGGCGUGCAUGGCCUAAAAUUUGUUUCGCAUUUUGAAAAAUACGAGAGGCAAAUCCCACGUUUAAAAACGUGUAUCCAGAGCUGUACUCAUUUUUCCAAGCGAGAAGCCUGGCGCCCUGGCUAGACGGAAAUCCAUAUGAAUUGCAAAAGCAUCGUACUAGUACUAAUAAAUUGCAUUACAAAUUACCUCAGCAUUAGGAAUGGAAUGUGUCAUGCUGUUUUACCUUGGGAUGAAGAUUUGUAAUGCAUAAUUGCAAUUACUACGAGCGCGAUGCUUUUGCACUGGAAAAUCCAGCGGACUUGACGUUUUACGAACGAAGUUGGAACUUUGAGGUAUAUGCAACAUUUGAUUAUUUUUGUCAUGCUGUUGCUCAUGCCAAAACCAAAAGUGAAAAUCAGUGUCAACAGGUCUAUACUUUGUCUUGAUCGUCCUAGACACACAACACCGAUCGGAUCCUUCGCCGUGGUUCAACUCGGGUUCUGCAAAAAAUUUAGAGCUGCAUUCAAAUUCUAUCAGGUUAUGGCCGGGAAUUACAUCGUUAAAAACACGCCGUUUGCGACCCAGUUUUUAGAAAACUGGGCGAAAUUCUACCACCGCCGGCCUCCGGGGUUUUCGUCUUCGGACCAGGGUGCGUAUCGUAUUUAAAAACACUCCCACCCCGUAGUUGUAAUGCAAAUCUGCAUGCUGAGAUUGUCCCUCAUGCGGAGCCCCAAGAUGAGAAGCAUUUUCUAUUUGCGUUUUGAAAUUUGUAAUGCUCCAAUCAGCAUGGUAUACUGGAUCUGUGAUGCUGCUGAACUACCUCACUCAGCACUACACUAGGAGUCCAAAUUUGUCAUGCAAAACAGCCAAAGCAUGUGGAUUACUCUAGCCGAUUCCCCGUCUUGACUAUGGGAUCGUGGGGACGUUUUUCCACAGGAUAGUGCGAUACACCAACUUCUCGCGGAGGCACUCUGGCUAUCCUGUGCAAAAAUCCCUGGACGUCUGGAAGGUUGGAACUUGUGAUGCUGGCUUUCCAUUCCUACGAAAUCUGUAUUGCAUAACCAACAAAAGUCGCAGCCUCUUUUGGACAUGCAAAAACCACGCAGCUUUUCAUACGGAUUGCCUAUGAGAAAGCGCUCUGGAAAGUUGUCAUGCUAGGUUGCGUUCGAAAAACUGUUUCCAUCAUCCACAUUUUAGCAUCACAAGUUUCCAGACCCAGACAUAUUUGCAUAUGACACUGGCUAAAGGGACGGCAGAAGUGCGACGACAUGUACAAGCACUUGACCGCGUCUGUGAUGGUAUCGAAGGCAAAUUUGUCUGGGUCUGGAUGAAGGCCCUUGUUUGUCAUGCAUCUUCUGCAUUAUGCAAAUGGUCUGUAAUGCACGCAAAAGCAUUACAGGUUUAUUUGCGGCGGCUUUCUGAUACCGAUCCUGCAUCAGAAAUUCCAAUUCCCAAUUUGAGUAGCACGAAGUAGGCAGCUUUAUUUGGCGAUCAUGCAAUACAAAGUUUUGCCUAUUACAUAAUCCGCAUCACAAGUUCCAACCUUCCAGACCCAGACUACGUAUUUGCAAUGCAUAGAUGGAUUUGAAACCGUAUUUCCGGUUCGUCAGCUGCGUGAAGCAGCUCCUUAUGCAUUGCAAAAGUAUCGUACUCGUAUAAAUGCAUUACAAAUUUUCUCAGCAUGAGAAACAAAAUUUGUAAUGCGGAUUCACCUCGAGAAAAAGAUUUGUAAUGCAUGACUGCAAUUACUACGAGUGCGAUACUUUUGCCCAGGAUGCUCCUCGGCCCGCCGCGGGAUUGGGAAACGAAAAUAAAGUUAACGCGGAAAACCCAUGCUGGUGCUCAGCAAAAGAUGGGGAGCAGUAGUGCAGCCACCGCAGACGAGGACGCAGCGGACGGUGGAACUACGAGUAAAACUAAGUGGCUUUCCGGCUAUGACCCGCUCAAACGUUGCAAUCUCAAAUCGGUUACAAUAGAAUACUUAUGGACAUCUGUGAUGCACGAGCGCAUGAUCUAGCUAACUCUCAUAGCAUUGCGCAUGAGAAGUUAUCCGGCCCUCCAAACCCCAGUACAAUCUGGCGAAAAUUGUAUUGCAGAAAGUGGAACGGUGUGAGAGUCUGUGAUGCUCAUGAUGCAAGACAGAUCUCAGAUCGUAGUGCAACGUUGGAGAUUGUAACACCUGAGCAGGUUAUACCGGCGGCAUCCGCAUUUUACCCCGGUGGCACGGGUUUGCGGCGGACGGGGUUUUUAGCGGGACAAGGUGCUUAUUGUGAGGAAAAAUCCCCCUGCCCCAUAUCGAAGCGAAGUUUCUGAUGCUGGAUUUGCGUUGUACACAAAUCAGAUUUGUCUUGCAGAAAGUGCUUGGCGGCAUUUUCUGAGCCAGUUUGGGUAUGCAGAAUGCUAGCAAUUACGCAUGACAAACAGGUUUGCAGUAGUCAAAAGCACAUGACAGACUGGCUGCGGAAUGUGCCACAUGGCUCCUAUUAUUACCCUAGAGGCAUGACAAAGGUGAUUUGUGACCACAAAGCAGCAUCACAAAUUUCCAUUUUGAUAUGGGGAGGGGGGAAUUUUCCUCUUGAUAGUGCUCCAUGUUUCACGUCUUUCACCACGGGGUGAAGGGGAGCAUAUGCAUUGCAAAUAUGUCUUGGUCUGAAAGAGGUUGCAACUUGUGUUGCAUGUUUUGCAUUCCUGAAAGAUCUGUGUUGCAUAGCCAGCAAAAGCGUUACGCUGUUGUCAUACGAAGACACAGCGGUUAGCGUCGAAUAGACUUGUCAUGCGCGGCUGCACUUGAAAGCACCAGACUCAUCCAUACUUUUGCAUCACAAAUUUAUUCCAGACCCAGACAUAUUUGCAUUAGAUAGAGCAAAGAAGCGGGCAACAACUAUCCGCACAUCAAAUUUGCGAUCGGGAGUAAGCUAUCAAAUGCAAAUAUGUCUGGGUCUGGAAACUUGUGAUGCACGGAAGGGAAUAGCGAAACCACUGUAAUGCGCUGCCCAGCAUGACAAGUUUUGCCGUGAUUCUGAGUUGCGUACUUCGCAUGAGAAACAACUGCGCCUUUGCAUGACAGGCAAGAGGAGCUCUUCGCGGCCACGCAAUACAGAGUUCAGUGUCAUGCCAAAUAGCAUGACAAAUCUCGCAAUCUCCCAGACCCAGACAUAUUUGCAGUUGAUAUAAGCACUUGCUCAACCUCCUCUCCGCCGCGUUUUACAACGGUCUGGAGCAAAAACCGUACGAUUUUUUGCAGACCAUAUCAAGUGCAAAUAUCCCUGGAUGUCUGGAACGUUGCAAGACUUGUCAGAUGCAAGUUUUCCAUGACCCACGAGGUCUGGAAUGCGAGACCGAGCAUGACAGAUUCGUUUAGGUCUCUAUCAUGCCUUUCCUGCAUGAGAAACUCCCUCUCAAUCAUUGGCCAAAAGCGGAGGACAGCUUUUGUUACUCACGCAACACAGAUUUUUCCAUCAUUCUGAUUGAGCAUGACAAGUUGCAGUGUUGUUCCAGACCACAUCCAGGGAUAUUUGCAUUUGAUAGACCAGCUACGACGACAACAUCUGCACGUUCGACAGUGUAUGAAUUGCAAAAGUAUCGUGCUCGUACUUCUAAUUGCGGCAAUGCAUUACAACUUUCCUUCUUGAGGUAAAUCCACAUCACAAAUUCAAUCUCUCAAUUAUGCUGCGGAAAUUUGUGUUGCGAGAAUUACAAUUACAAUUACUACUAGCUGCAGGCUGCUUUUGCAAUGCAUAAAGUAAGAAAUGCGGCAAUUGGAAUCCGGUCGGGAACCGGCUAAAUCCGCCGUGGUUCAUCACCGACCGGCGAAAAUCCUCCGAAAUGCUGUUGGCGGGCGAAGGCUGGCUGUGGGGCACGAUAUGAAAGUGCACAGUUGUUCCCCCUCCCCCUCAUGCGUACUAUUACAUGAACAGCAAUACAAACGUCGGCAAGAAUACAGGUUUUGCAUAACGAAUUUGGCCAGGAGCGUAGCUGCUAUUUGGGCUGCCAGAGUGAACUUGUCAUGCAAACAGUACCAAGAGCCAAGGCGUGCAUUGGGUAUCUUGCAUGACAAAUGAGGUGGAGGUGGAGUUGUGCACGGUCAUACGGGAAAACGGGGGACCACGGGGUGGUGGCCAGGUGGCCGAUUCGAGACUGCCUAUCAAAUGUAAAAAUGUCUGGGUCUGGAAACUUGUGAUGCUGGGUGGCGCAUCAUGAUGAGGCUCCGAAUGCUGGCUCAGCAUGACAAGUUUCUGAGCUCCUCGGUGUUGCCUAUUCCGCAUGACAAACUGCGCUUCUGCAUCACAGAAAAACGGAGCUCUUGGGUAACGUGCAUGACAGAUUUAACAGCCAUGCCAGACAAGCAUGACAAACAUGAAUUCUUCCAGACCCAGACACUUUUACAUUUGAUACUGCCUGAUAAACUACCAGUGCAAACCAUUGAAUACGCAAAAUGCAAAAGCAUCGCACUCGUACUAAUCGCCGUGUUACGGCGCUGCAUCACAAAUCUCUUUCUCAGGGUAAGUCCGCAUUGCAAAUUUCAGUUCCCAUGCGGAGGAAAUUUGUCAUGCGAUUUGCACCCGUGCGAGACUUUUGCACAGGAUACUCAAACCGGGCGAUAAGAUAAAAAACGUUCCGUACGCCGGGCCGGUAGCGGUAUUGUGAGGAAAAACGUCUCCACCACAGAGUUGUCAUGCAGAUUUGCAAUGACAGGAACUACUUGUCAUGCAGAUUUGCAAUUACUAGAACGACCCGUGUAAAAAUGCGCAUACCCAUCGGGGGUAUUUUUUCCCAUCUUGAGUUGGCAUUUGUAUUGCUCAAUAAACAGAAUGAGGGGAAGUACUUAGAUGGCUUUGCGAAGAUGCGGCUGUCCUUCCUAAAACUGCACUACAGUACAGAGUGGAACUUCUUGCCAUAUCAGUGACUCCUAAAACUUCUGGAUUUGUUUUGCACAGUUCCAAAGAAGAACUUGACUCCGUGUCGGGGACGUUUUCACAUACGAUUAGCCGUCACGGAGAGUUUGUCGUCUAUGUAUCCGACUGGGGUUCCGGAACAGGAGGUGCCGGCGUAG